GGGCGCCAUUUGACUUUGGUUCGGGCCUCUCAACUGCCCUUCCAUCUGUCUGCCACUGUCAGUUCGAUUCGACUCUCAACUGCGACUAACCUAACCGCAUCUUCAACCACUUCUCCCUCUCGUUCCUAUUUGCCUUCAUACUGGACAUUUAUCACCAUUCUUUCAAGGCGCAAUCCCACCGAAGAACAGGCGACCUUGUACACUGACUGUCGUCGAACCCUCUUCACUGCACCGACCGCACCCUGCUGCAACUGAAACCAGCCCCAGCCUCCCGCCUCGGCGCAGCAUUCAAUCCUCCAUUGACUCCUUCGUUGUCUAUCAAGCCGAACCUCUCUCACCAACAGACCAUACCUUCUCCGACGCAUCUAUCCGAGUUCAAAUCCAAGUCCCUACUCUGCGCUCUUCCAGCCGUUGUGCGACACCUCGAGCUGCAAGUCUUAUCACUUCCAAUACCUGCGACAUCCUGGCAAGCCGCAUUUGCCUCGAUCCCGCUCCACAAGAUCCUUCCCGCGCCACGUUUUCAGCAGCCGCUCGACCCUUUUUGAAACAAGCCCUUGCGGCUCUGUAAAACCCAAAGAUUUCUGGAAUCUUGCUACGAUAGACCCCGCAGCACAAUCAGAUUGUCUUGGUGCCAACAGGCGGACCCGUUGAGGAACCUUUGAACAUACAGCCUUUGGCUACAUAUCUAGUCGAUUGGUACUAGGAUUGUGCAGGAAGAUUUCCACUACAGUGUGGUCUCUAUCCAAUCGCAAAACAACAUCUGGACAACAUUGACGGUGUGCCAGCAGCGGCAGUCUGCGUUUGAGCAUAAGGUAUCCUCUGCGAAAGAGUCUGUAUCACAUCUACGCUGUUGUGUCAGCGUUCCUGAACCACCUUUCGCCACGGUACUUCUCACGUAUCAUUUCAGCGAAGGUACCGGCCAAUUGUUUCGCGAAAUCUCAGGCUCGUCGAGCGACGAGUCAGGGACUUCCUAACUUUGCGCAAAAACCACAUGCGCGUCUCUGACAGUUGUGGUCGCUUUCUGAGCUAGUCACAAUCGACAGACAAGCGACAAGUCGACGACUUUGCAAAGAUGGAGACGACAAGCCGCCGCCCGUGGGAGACAAAUCCUCCUCAUAGUCUCCCACAGACAACUCAGACUUUACCCUCAAUAGCCUCUCUGACGUCGAAGCUGCCGGUCCAACCGAUCGACAGAGCAUCCUCCGACCUUUCCAUCCUGCCACCACAAAGAGAUUCUGGGAGCUGGAUGACGCCCGGAACACGUUCUUCGGUCAAUUCUGCCAACUCUAUGCCAUACUUAAACUCUGCCCAUUCUCCCGUCGGACGUUCGCCGUACACACCGGAGAAUACCUCUGCGCCGCCUGCGCCUUUCAAUGGCGGAAUGCAGCACCAUACGAACGGACUACCCCCACCCCCUGCGGACAAGAAUCAGCACAGAGGUAGUGGUGAUUUUGACGAAUCUAGACGGAGUAGUGUCACAAACAGCAUUCACCACGGCAUGAAUAACUUGGGGUUGGGUCCGACUUCUCCAUACACCAGCACCAAUGCCUCGCAGACCUCGCUUGUCUCGGGUCUUCAAAGAGAAAGAGGUAUACAGCAGAACGGCUAUGCUGCUGGUCGUUACUCCACCAUGAACAACCCAGUAUCUUCUUUGGCGUCCAGCCAUGGCGGACGGAGUGGGUUUGUUGGUGGCCGUGUUGCACCUCCCAUCUUGGAAAAUCCAAAGCAAGAAGUGUACAGUGCAGAAGCUCCCACACGAGGUCAAGCCUAUGCCUUUCCUGAUCCUGAGGCCGCACCCCGCCAACAGGGCCGAACGCCAUCGACCUAUUCAAGGAGAAACAGCUUUGCAGAAUCGUUUACGAGCAGUGUCCUGACAAUGGAGUCCUCUAGGCUGCCUCCAGGCCAGCAAGAACUCCCAGAAGCGCAUCAUCACAGUUUGCAGCACAAACAGGUCGACAGUCUUCGAGGGGAUCCUGAAUCCCCCAACAGCACCACACCCUACAGCCGAACCCCGGAACUUCGAAUUACCCACAAGCUUGCUGAACGUAAGCGACGAAGUGAGAUGAAAGACUGCUUUGAGCAGUUGAGAACCCGGUUACCAGCAAGUCAGAACAACAAAUCCAGCAAAUGGGAAACCCUCUCUCGAGCCAUUGAUUAUAUUACGCAGCUUGAAGACCAGAACAAGCAAGCAAGGAUUGAUUAUGAAAGUCAACGGCAAAAACUUUCAGACUUAGAAAACAAGAUGCACGAGAUGAGCCAACAAAUGCGGAGCAUGCAACAACCGCAGAGCUCGUUUCCACCUCCGCCGAACGUAAUGCCGCAAAGCCCACUCGGCUACUCAUCACACUUUAAACACCACGUGGACGGCUCAAGCGAGUCUACACGAACACUGCCGCCAAUCAUGGGCGGUAAUUCCAUGCAAGGUAUACAGUAUUCGGAAGAAAGACGAUAAUCCUGGCGAGUUUGCCCUUUUUAUCCGCCAAACGGAGAGAUAUAUGUCUUGGGAUAUUUGCGUUCGUCCUGUUCGUCUCGGCUUGUUGACGUUUCCAUGUGGCGUUCGGUCUCUUUGUCAGUGAAAAUGAGGCACUUACAGAGUGGUGGGAGAUACUCUGGGCGUCGAUUGGGCAUGGUCUGAUUGAUUUACGAUACCAUCCUUCAGCGGUGAUGUAUUCAAAGAGCAACUGGGCAAGGCUACUUUGUGGUGACGAAAUAAUUGCAAAAGUGCGAGUCACAGUGGAAGGUCUGUGUCUCGUCUAUUAGAAGACGUGUAUUUGAGAGUCCCGAAAUGUGAGUGGGUGGGUACAGGCAUGAGAUACAUCUGUACCGAGUCAGUGGGAUGUUGGGAUGUGAACGAGAGGGUUGCUGUAUCCAGUAGUCAACUUGUGAACAGGGAUGUGAACAGGGAUUCUGGCAUAGUCCGGCUGGAGUAGAUCUACCUCAUAACGACCUUCUCUUUAAUAUGUCUCUGGUGCGUCUUUGAUAUGAG